AUGCUGGGAAGAAAUAACCAGACUGAGUGCUUCAAUCAUGUCCGGUUCCUGCAGCGUCUGAAUGCCACGCAUCUCUAUGCUUGUGGGACUCAUGCCUUCCAGCCACUCUGUGCUGCCAUCGAUUCUGAAGCCUUCACUUUACCUCCUAGCUUUGAGGAGGGGAAGGAGAAGUGUCCCUAUGACCCAGCCAGGGGCUACACAGGGCUGAUCGUUGAUGGUGGCCUCUACACUGCCACAAGAUAUGAGUUCCGGAGCAUACCUGACAUUCGUCGGAGCCGUCAUCCCCGCUCCCUACGAACUGAGGAGUCCCCUCUACACUGGCUCAAUGAUGCAGAGUUCGUAUUUUCCGUCCUCAUCCGGGAGAGUGAGGCCAGCACUGUGGGAGAUGAUGACAAAGUCUAUUAUUUCUUCACGGAACGUGCCACAGAGGAAGGUAGUGGCUUCUCACAGAUCCGGGGACACCGGGUAGCCCGGGUAGCCCGAGUUUGUAAGGGUGACCUUGGUGGGAAGAAAAUCCUACAGAAGAAGUGGACAUCUUUCCUGAAGGCCCGGCUGACUUGUCAUAUCCCCUUGUAUGAGACCCUGCGUAGUGUCUGUAGCCUGGAUGGGGGUUCCUGGGCCUACACUCGCUUCUAUGCAGCAUUUAGCUUGGCUACUCAGUGGAGGACCCUAGAGGCUUCAGCCAUCUGUCGUUAUGACCUGUCUGAUGUCCAGGCAUCCUUCUCUGGCCCCUACAUGGAAUAUCAGGAUGGUACACGUCGCUGGGGUCGAUAUGAUGGGACUGUGCCGGAGCCUCGACCAGGCUCGUGCAUCACAGAUGGCCUCCGAAGGCGGGGCUACAACUCCUCUCAGGACCUACCCUCCCCUGUCUUGGACUUCGUCAAGUUGCACCCACUCAUGGCUCGUGUGGUGGGGCCAGCCCGGGGGCGGCCCCUCCUGCUGAAGCGGAACAUUCGAUAUACUCGACUUGUGGGGACCCCUGUCACUGUGCCAACUGGCCUGACUUACGAUGUGCUCUUCCUGGGGACAGCUGAUGGCUGGAUCCACAAAGCCGUAGUCUUGGGCCUUGGUAUGCACAUUAUUGAGGAAGCCCAGGUGUUUAUGGAGCCCCAGCCUGUGGAGAACCUGGUCAUCUCCCUUGCCCAGCACAGCCUGUAUGUGGGGGCCCCCAGUGGAGUGGUCCAGCUGCCACUGUCCCACUGCUCCCGGUAUAGCUCCUGUUAUGACUGUAUCUUGGCCCAGGACCCCUACUGUGGCUGGGAUCCUAGUGUCCAGGCUUGCCAGGAAGCUGCCACGGUACCCAACAGGACAGCUCUGAUACAGGACAUGGAGAGAGGCAACCGUGGCUGUCAGGGCAGCAUGAAUACAGAACCACAUCUGCUACCCAGGAACCGAUCUGUGCUGAGGGGGGAUGAUGUGCUUCUACCCUGUGACCAGCCGUCCAAUCUGGCCCGGGCCUCAUGGCUACUCAAUGGGAGUCGGAUGCUGAUGGACGGGAGGGAUGGCUACCGUGUGGGUGUGGAUGGCUUAUUGGUGAUGGACACUCGGCCAGAACAUAGUGGUCACUACAGCUGCUAUGCAGAGGAGAAUGGGCUCCGCACCCUGCUGGCCUCCUAUGGCCUCACGGUGCAGCAAGCCCUCCCAGCCCCAGCCCUAGCCCCAGGCCUGGUUCCCCCAGCCCUUGGUGCCCACCUAACCCCAGAUGUUCAUCUCCUCUAUGUGUUGACCAUUGCAGCCCUGGGUGGCCUCUGUCUUGUUCUGGCUUCCGUGCUCCUCUACGUCGCCUGCCUUCGAGGCAGUGGCCACCGCCGCAAGUAUUCACUGGCCAGAGGUACUGGCAGGGCAGGGGGCUCUGCUGUCCAGCUGCAGACAGUCUCCGGUCAGUGCCCUGGGGAAGAGGAUGAAGGGGACGAGGGGACGGACAGGGCAGGAGGACCUGAAGGUGCUGGUCUCCGUAUAAUUCCUGGGGAGGGGACCCCAGCACCUCCUCCUCCUCCCCCUCCUCCCCCCCCUACUGAGCUCUCCAAUGGACUGGCUGCAUUACCCAGCCGUCUGAGGAGGAUGAAUGGUAACAGUUAUGUAUUACUGCAGCAGAAUGAGGAGCGGGCACCCACUCUACCUUGCUCCUUCACCGAGGAGCUCAGCCGAAUUCUGGAGAAACGGAAGCACACACAGCUGGUGGAGAGGCUGGACGAGAGCUCCGUCUAAGCUGCCCUCCCACCUCCCACCCAGUCCCCUUUCCCUGCCCUGGCCUCCUGACCUAGGUCCUUCCUUUCCCUUGCCCCAAUCCCCACCAGCCUUCCAGCCCCUAACUCACCCUCUCCAGCCUCCAGAGCUGACUUCCAGCCUGACACCCUCUGUUCAAGCAGGUCCUUUAGCCGUUAGCCUUCUAGGCCUUUAGCCCUACCCCUCAACUCCUACUACAGGGGUCCAGGUCAUCAUUGUCCUAUACCACAUAGCAGAAUGUCUUCCCAUGUCCCACUUGAGACCAUCCUCCAAAAUGGCUGAAUGGGGCCACUGGUCAGGGGUCUAGGCCCCCAGGCCUUUAGCCUUCCCUCAACCACCCUUUGCAGAACCUGUGACCUCAAAAGAGUGAGCUACAGAGAGCACUGCAGCUGCAUGUUGGGCUGAGGGCAGAGGGCAGCUGCAGCAGAGCCUCCCAUGUUUGCUGUCUGCUUCCCACCUUCUGCCUCGGUGCCAAGUUCUAAUGGUGACUGGAGAAGUCUGAGACCCUGCUCCCCACACUGUGUCCAGCAGCCCCUCUCUGUGCUGGAUAGAAGGUCUAGCAUUGCAACCACCUGAGCAGUGCCAUGUGCAUGUGUGCGAGAGAGUAUGUCUGGUGUGCAUGUGUGUCUGCCUGGGUGAUACACUCUCCCCUUUUCCCACAGGUACACUUGGAUUAUAUUUCUUAUACUUCUGGGGGGGCACACACCCUGCUCAAUCCCAUCCAGUUCUUCCCUUCCAACCCCAGUCCUCUGUGAUGACACUCACUGCCCCACCCCAGCUCAGGGCUUUGUCUCCCAAGUUUGGCACCGAGAGGGAGCAGCACAUAGCUCUAGACUUGUCUUCUCCAUGCACACCUCACAUAUCUGCUCACACCUAUACAUGCUCAUAAACAAGGUUACACAUGCACACUCUGAGCCCCCCAAGCCCUGCCAAGAAUGAGAUGGUGGCUGCACUGUCCCUCCCCUCAUUGCCUGGGAUCCCCAAUCUGUUUCUGACAUGUCUGGUCCAUUAACAUUUCAUGGGAGUGUCUCCCCCCAAGACCAUCUCCCUCCCACUCCCACUGGAACUAUGCAAAGGGCAGGUAGUAGGCAGGCUGGGAGAUGGGAUUCCUUGGUCCUGCCUCUGUCCUACUUCACUGUGGUGCUGUAGGGGUCAGUGAAGGUAUGAGACCCCAGGAUGAGAUGGGACAAUCAAAAACCCCUGACAGGGGUUGUUAACCCCUUUGGACCAGGAUGAUGACUGUUAUUAUUGAUGCUGGGAGAGAACCCAGGACUACCAUGUUUUUACUGCCCUUCAAACAGCACCAUGAACCCUUCCCUUUCCCCAGCCGAAUGUAUUUAUUAUGAGAACCAUGGAAGGGCUCUAUUUUAUUACUAGCCCCCAGGGGGAGGACAAAGUAGGGCAGAGGACAGAUAGUAAGUGGCUCAGCUGGGGAGGGGGGUGGGACACGGGCUCAUCUCCCCACUUCCUUCCUGUUGGUCAGUAAAUAAUGUCCUCUAAACCCUGUUGUCCUUGUCCAAUUCAUACCAUGGUACUUCUCAAGUCUUCUGGGAAAUAAAACAAAUGACUUGCUACAA